UCAUAUGCUUAUGAUAUGACUCGUCAUCUCUACUCUGUUUUUCUCUCACAAGCACACUGCACACUGCACACUGCACACUGCACACAGACGGAGAGAGAUUAACUGAGGCAUUCUUCUUCUUCAUCUUCCAAUCUGGUUGAGUCAUAAGAGAGACCUUGAGAGAGGACUGAAGAACCGAGAAAGUCAAAAGAAAGGAGCACAAAUGGAGAAAGCUCUGACGAAAGUUGGGAGCUUUUGGAUUUCCAAGAAGGCCAAGGAAGAGAUCUCCAACAUCACUGAAGAUCUCUCUUCACUCUCAAACACUGUUGAGGAGAAAGCGAAAUGGAUAUUCAACAAGCUGAAAGGCAAGCCACAAAAACCGUUGCCUGAUCUUCUCCGAGAAUACUACCUUCCUCCUGGCCUGUUUCCCAGGAACAUAACAUGUUAUGAAUUUGAUGAAUCAAAGGGCAAGCUCAUUGUCUACUUGCCCUCUCCCUGUGAGGUGAGUUUCAAGGACUCAUCUGUUGUGAGGUACAACAUUCGCAUCAAAGGAACAUUGUCAAGGGGAAAGCUUAGUGGAAUAGAAGGAAUGAAGACAAAGGUUCUGGUUUGGGUUAAAGUCACAAGUGUUAGCGUCGAGGGCUAUAAGUCUGACAAAGUGUGGUUCACCGCGGGAGUGAAGAAAUCAAGGCCCAAAGAUGCCUAUGAAAUGCCUCGAGAUGCCAUUAAAGUUGAAGACUUCUAAGGAUGCGUGACAUUUUUCAUUUUUACAGUCAUUCUUUUUUUGAAAAAGAAAAAAUCUUAAGCAACAGUAUUGUGUACAUCUUUGUUCCCUUUUUGGCUAUUCCAUAUGCAAAAUUUAUGCCACUUA